CGAGUAGCAGCUAGAUCCCUUGCAGCAAAAGGACCGUAAACUGCCAGAAGCCACGUGACUGCAGUGACCUCAUCUGUCCUUUUACCGGACUGGAUCUAGCUACUACCAGGUGUCACAUUUAUAGCAUCUGACUCAGUCACUGACAAAGAACAAGAUGAACACAUGCAGGAAGCUGAUGGCAGAGCAGUUCCUGAGUCAGGCCCUGGGCAUCAUCUGCCUGCUGACCGGAGAGGAAUACAUUAUUGUGAAGAAGAGGCCCUCCCACAGCAGCAUACAACAGCUGAGCGGAGAGGUUCCUAUAAAGUCUGAUGAUGUUGCUGUGUAUUUCUCUAUGAAGGAGUGGGAGUAUAUAGAGGGACACAAGGAGCUUUACAAGGACGUCAUGAUGGAGACUCACCAAGCACUAAGGACUAUGGAGAUCCCAGGAAAUGAGAGCUCAGAACUAACAGGUCACAGAGAUGAAAAUCUAGACACAGGAGCACAUAGAGAACUUGUACAGAAUAUUCAGCCAGUGGAGACCCCAUCAGACGUCUCUGCAGAACUAACAGGACACAGAGAUGAAAAUCUAGACACAGGAGCUACUGAACUUGUACAGAUUAUUCAGCCAUCAGAUGUCUCUGCAGAUGUAAACAAUGCUAAAAUUGUAUGUAACACGGAACAAACAGAAGAUCAGUGGCUAAGUAAUAUGACAGAAGCUGCAGAGCAGGGAAUAUGUGACAAUAUAAGUACAGUUGAAAAAGAUGCUAAGAUUUCAUGUAACACAGAACAAACAGAAGAUCAGUGGCUAAGUAAUAUGCCAGAAGCAGCAGAGCAGGAAAUAUGUGACAAUAUAAAUACAGGUGAAUUCACAAACCACAAUAAUCCUAGUCAUGAUCAGAGUGCAGAUGCUUCUUUAAAUCUUCAUCAAAGAAGCCAAGUGGGAAAUUUAUGUUCUGAAUGUGGGAAAUAUUUUCUCAAGAAAUCACAUCUUUAUAGACAUCUGAAAGUCCAUAAAGGAGAAAAUCCAUCUUCCUGUUCUAUAUGUGGGACAUGUUUUAACCGUAAAGGGAAUCUUGUUGUUCAUCAGAAAAUUCAUACAGGAGAAAAAAAAAAGUCAUGUUCUGUAUGUGGGAAAUGUUUUACUCGGAAGUCAUAUCUUAUUGUCCAUCAGAAAAUUCAUACAGGAGAGAAAGAAUUUUCAUGUUCUGACUGUGGGAAAUGUUUUACUCAGAAAUCAAAUCUUAUUACGCAUCAGAAAAUUCAUACAGGAGAGAGAGGAUUUUCAUGUUCUGACUGUGGGAAAUGUUUUACUCGGAAACCGUAUCUUAUUGAUCAUCAGAAAAGUCAUACAGGAGAGAGAGCAUUUUCAUGUUCUGACUGUGGGAAAUGUUUUACUUGGAAACCACAUCUUAUUCGUCAUCAGAAAAUUCAUACAGGUGAGAGAGAAUUUUCAUGUUCUGACUGUGGGAAAUGUUUUACUCGGAAACCACAUCUUACUGAUCAUCAGAAAAUUCAUACAGGAGAGAGAGCAUUUUCAUGUUCUGACUGUGGGAAAUGUUUUACUCGGAAACCACAUCUUAUUUGUCAUCAGAAAAUUCAUACAGGAGAGAGAGCAUUUUCAUGUUCUGAGUGUGGGAAAUGUUUUACUCAGAAAUCAAAUCUUAUUACGCAUCAGAAAAUUCAUACAGGAGAGAGAGGAUUUUCAUGUUCUGACUGUGGGAAAUGUUUUCCUUUAAAAUCAUAUCUCAUUGAUCAUCAGAAAAUUCAUAAAGGAGAGAGAGCAUUUUCAUGUUCUGACUGUGGGAAAUGUUUUACUCGGAAACCACAUCUUAUUCGUCAUCAGAAAAUUCAUACAGGAGAGAGGAUUUUCAUGUUCUGACUGUGGGAAAUGUUUUACUCGGAAACCACAUCUUAUUCAUCAUCAGAAAAUUCAUAUAGGAGAGAGAGCAUUUUCAUGUUCUGAGUGUGGGAAAUAUUUUACUUUAAAAUCAAAUCUCAUUGAUCAUCAGAAAAUUCAUAAAGGAGAGAGAGCAUUUUCAUGUUCUGACUGUGGGAAAUGUUUUACUCGGAAACCACAUCUUAUUCGUCAUCAGAAAAUUCAUACAGGAGAGAGGAUUUUCAUGUUCUGACUGUGGGAAAUGUUUUACUCGGAAACCACAUCUUAUUCGUCAUCAGAAAAUUCAUACAGGAGAGAGGAUUUUCAUGUUCUGACUGUGGGAAAUGUUUUACUCGGAAACCACAUCUUAUUCAUCAUCAGAAAAUUCAUAUAGGAGAGAGAGCAUUUUCAUGUUCUGAGUGUGGGAAAUAUUUUACUUUAAAAUCAAAUCUCAUUGAUCAUCAGAAAAUUCAUAAAGGAGAGAGAGCAUUUUCAUGUUCUGAGUGUGGGAAAUAUUUUACUCUAAAGUCAAAUCUUACUAAGCAUCAGAAAAGUCAUAUUAAAGGAAAUAAGAACAUAACCACUUAAAGGACCUUUCAUUGCAGAAGAAUUGCAUAAUAAACAAGUGCAUAAUAAAAAGACAAUUAUUUAACACCUACUCUGAAUUUCAAAUAAGCAGUUGAUUUUCUUCGGACAAAUUAAUUUUUCUCCCAUUUUCCGGCACCAUGUAUCAUGUGACAGACAUAAGCCAAUCACAGACUAGUAUGCGUAAACCCUGUGAGCUUGUGCACAUGCUCAGUAGGAUCUUGUUCCCCAGAAAGUGUGAAGAUAAUUUGAUAAUGGAAGUACAUUGUAAAGUGUCUUUAAAACUUUUAUGAUUCAGAAAGAGCAUGCAGUUUUUUUUUACUUGAGUUUCCCUUUAAGAGAAGAGUGGCAUGUAGUUAUCACCCACACAAUAACUAUUAAUGAUAAUGACUACAUGUUAUCCUUGGGGGGCGCUUUUGAAGUAGUUUGAGGCUCCUUCUGCACUGCAAGAAUUUACUAGGUGGCUUACUGUAUUUGUCAUACCUGGGGGCAUCAUGAGUCCCUAAAUUGGUUUUAAUAGCCAAGUGAUCACAUGGCACAAAUAAAAUGCCCUGUUGAUGAAGCCGUCUUUGCAAUUUAGGUACUGUUGAAGGCAUUCUAGUCAGUUUAUCACUGAGGUGACAGAGUUCGGAAUUUAAAUUGACCAGUUGUUUAGGAUAAGCCCUUGUCUGGAAUAGGAGUGCCCCCCUUGUUGCAUACAAUGAUAACACUACAUUUUUUUUUUUCAUUUUUGAUGUUUAAUUGCAAAAUUAUAUAUUGUAAAUAUAUUCUUUAUUUAUGCUAUGAUCCAGAACAGUUUUGACUAGAGUUGAGAAAAAAUACUAUUUUUACACUGUAUUGUUUAUGACCUUGUUUAUUAAAAUGGUUAUAAAAACAAAAA